GCGAGUCCACGUUGCUUUGUGUGGCCACUCUGGCAAUAUAGUCAACAAACGAAAAAAAAGUAUUGGUGUCAUUCUUAGUGUUGUAGUGAAUAGCACACACGUUCGUACGAAGGCAUUUUCCCGCCAAAAUGGACAGUAAGGCUGGGCCGUCCAAAAGUAAAAUUAAACAGACUUUUUUUACUUCUCGUACUAAAAACAAGCGUCGACAUCGUGAUGACCUUGACUCGGAAGGUUCUGGAGAAUAUAUUGAUGAAGAUAUAUAUUCGCAAGGAGCUCAUGAGGAGUUUUCUUCAAGUUCAGAAGGAACUGGUAGCGACAAUGAUUUAAGUAUUUUUAAUGUAAGACAGAAAACGAAGACGACGUGCCCGCCCAAGAAGACCAGCCUCAGACCACGAGCUGAUGAUACUCCAUCUCAACCUUCAAGGUCAUCAGCAUCAAAGCGAGGUUUAAGUGAGUCAAACCAUAGCCCUAUUAUUCAAUGUAAGCGAUUGAAACCCAUGAAUAGAGAUGGCCCCACAACCAGAUUGAAGAAACCAGGUACAUGUGUUACAUCUGCUCAGUCUUCAAACUUACCUUCUACUUCCUCAGCAUCAAAGCCAGCGCUUCGCCAACUAGAACUCGACGGAAAUGGUAUUUUCGAGUUUAAGUACGAAUUUGACUGUCGUGCAACAUCGCCAUCUAUCGUGCAAGACUGUGGAGAUCUUCUUCCUGAUAUACCGGAGCGUCAUGACGCUUCGCUUUCUGCUUUGCCGGAACCGAUGUUUAAAUGUAGUACUCCUAGUAACUUACCAGAUGAUGACGAUGAUGUCCACUUACCUGACUAUUCACCUCACAAAUCACCUCAUAACUCACCUUCUCGUGACGGAGCCACUAACACCUGGAGCAGUAAUCCAACUUCAAUGAAAAUUAUAAAUUUUACUAAGAAACAAGAACUUUUAGUGCCACCUCCAACAGAUCCCUAUGAAGCUUUCCGGUUAUUAAUUGACGACGAACUAUUAGAUCUCAUAGUUCGGGAGACCAAUGCUAACGCAUUAAGAGUGGGUUCCGCAGAAAAUGUCAAGCGAAAGUCUAGAAUAAAAAAUUGGAAAGAAUUAACCAAGGAAGAACUGCUGACAUUUCUAGGACUACUUCUUCACACAGGCACGAUUAGAUUAAACCGUAUUAGUGAUUACUGGAAACGGCACUAUUUAUUCAAUAUUUCGUGCUUCGCAAAAUUCAUGUCCCGAAAUCGUUUUUUACUGAUUUUACGAUGCCUGCAUUUUACGUCUGAAACUAGCGAGGAAGACCGUCUGAUAAAAAUUCGUGCAUUAAUGGAUCAUUUUAACAAUAGAAUGAACACUAUUUAUUGUCCAGGUAAAGAGUUGUCAUUGGAUGAGUCCAUGGUUUUGUGGCGCGGUAGACUGUUGUUCAGAAAGUACAUUAAAAACAAAAGACAAAAAUAUGGUAUUAAGCUGUAUGUCCUCGCUGAGCCAGAUGGUACCGUUUUAAAAUGCCAAGUUUACGCAGGUGCAAAUGAUGAGACAUCAGGUGCAGGACAUGCUGGUAAGAUCGUCUUAAAACUUCUAGAGGAAAGGCUAGAUUGUGGCCACCAUGUUUAUAUGGAUAAUGAUUAUAACUCAUAUGGUUUGGCUGUAGAAUUACUAGAUCGACAAACUUACUGCACAGGAACGUUGAGGAAAAACCUUAAAGAAAAUCCUAUUGAUAUUGAGACUAUUUCACUGAAAAAAGGAGAAAACAAAUCAUUAUUUUUGAAUGGUGUUCAUAUCGGAAAAUGGAGAGACAAACAGCACGUACUGUAUAUCUCCACAGAACAUGGUGACGAGAUGAUGGAAACUAUUUCCAAAAAGGGAUCUGUUGUGAUGAAACCAGUGGCAAUUAUCCAUUAUAACAAUUUUAUGUCGGCCAUUGAUCUUCAAGAUCAGAUACUGGAUUAUUACCCAGUUCAAAGAAAGACGCUUCUCUGGUAUAAAAAGCUGUUUGUGCAUAUGUUACAAAUGAGCCUCAGUAAUGCAUUUUACUUGUACAACAAAUUUUCGGCAUUUGACAAAAUGAAUCUAUAUGAUUUCCGUUUGAAUAUAUUGGAAACGCUUCUACCUGAUCCCAAUGAAGUCAAUCGACGCAAUGUUUUGAAAGUGAAGCAUGAACUCACCAAAAUAGAGAAGACCCGAACUAGACUAAAGAAAGUAGGAAGUGUUGUAAAAGAAACCACCGAAGUGGCCCGAAAAGAAUGCAAAGGCUGCAAGGCGCAGAAAAAGAGGGUGCAGACAAUUUACGAAUGUAAGCAAUGUGAAGGAUCUCCAGGUUUCUGCACAAAAUGUUUCUGCCUAGUACAUUCCUAA